CUGUCAAAAUCCAGUUUGUUAUAUUACCGGUGACGAAUACACAAGUUGAUUUACCUCGAGGAAGUAUUAAUUGCUCUCGGUGUAGUGUGUGUACAAAAUCUGUUCAUUUUGUGUUUUGUGAGUAAGUCAGCACUAUUGUGUGGAAGUUAGGGACAGGAAGUAUAAGGUUGUAGUACAUAUUAGUAAGGCGUGGGAAGGCUGUACAAACUAACGUAGAUUUUUGUUGUCAAUAGUUGAAUAACAGAGAUGGCAACUAAAGUAGCCCCAGAACUGCUGAAAGAUGUAUGUGCUGAACACAACUUGACCCACGUCAAAACUGAAGAAAAGAACCCCCUCCCCUCGGCAGAAGACGUGCAGCAGGAGAGGCAUCACCUAGAACUCUUACAGAACGUGGAAGCCUUCAAUGCUGGGCAGCUACAGCAUACUCGAACCAAGGAGCGGGUCAUGCUCCCCGACUCCAGCAUGUUACUGGAGGAAAAAAACCGAGAGCGUCAUUUAAACAGCAUUAGUGAGUUUCUCCGCACUGAACUACGGCCCACAGAACCUCUGGAGAAAGUGGUCCUUCCCGACAUCAUUACCAUCGCCCAGGAGAAAACAGAGGAGGAACUGAAGAGUGGGAUAGAGCAGUUUGACAAGGAUCAGCUUAGGCACCAGAGGACUGAGGAAAAGAACCCCCUCCCUGACAAAGACGACAUUGUCAAGGAAAAACAGGAACAAGAGGUUAAAAAAGAAAUAGUGAGCUUUCCCAGGUCCAAGUUACGACGGGCAAACACAGAGGAGAAAAUCUCUCUCCCCAGUUCAGAAGCCAUCCAACAGGAGAAGAGGGAGGUGAACAUUAGGAAAUCUCUGACAGAGUUUGAGAAAGGCAACCUGAAGCAUGUGAAAACGGAGGAGAAAAACCCCCUCCCUGAUGCCACAGUUAUUGGACUAGAAAAGAAGGAAAAAGAGUUUCGCUUGUCAAUACAUGAGUUUGACAAAGCACAACUUGCUCCUAUUGAAACUCAGGAAAAAAACCCAUUGCCACCACAAGAAGUUAUUGGUCAGGAAAAGAAAGAAGUUGAAUUACGAUCAGAAAUUUCAGACUUUGACAAAUCCAAACUCUCACACGCCAACACACAAGAGAAAAACCCUCUUCCCCCUGCUGAAGCUAUUCAAAUGGAGAAAAAAAUAGAACAACAUAUAAAAGGCAUUGAAAAUUUCAAGAAAGAUGACCUGAAACAUGCAGAGACCCAAAUCAGAGAAAGACUGCCGUCUAAAGAGGAUAUUGCCCUGGAGAAGGCCUCUGGUGACAAGUAGACAGGGGAACACCACCAUGGGCUACACUGUAUAGAACAGCAGCCGCCUGUAGCUUAUGUAUUUAGUGAUCACAAGACCAACUGUUUACAAAUCGGUGAAUAAACGAUGAAUGCAUGAUGUAGGUUUUUAAAAAAAAUUGUGUCCAGUUAAAACUGUUGCAGAUGUUAAUACUGUAAAAUGAUAUUGACAUGUACUUUUUUUUCUUUAUUAAUACUUAAAUAAUGAUUUUUUUCACCAUAAUUUCUGUAUUACUCAUCCUAUGCUUAUAUGUAUGUUUUGGUGUUCGCUUCAAAACUCUCAAACUUGUCUUAAAAUGAAACAAGAAAGGUAACUCUAUAAUGCUGUCGGACUGACAAUUCAAGAAUCUCUGACUCAUAAACAAAACAUAUUUGUGCUGACAAAGCCAUUUUACUGGAUUGACCUUGGCUCUAGAAAACAUGUUAUUGUUUCAUAGCUAUUCAAGUGCAAAUUUACAGUUGUGUGCAAUUAAUUUUUUUUGGGGGGAAAAAAUACCAUUUCAUGUCCGCAAUUUGUGCAAUGUCAUAAUUCUGUACUUCAGAUCAUAUGUACUUUAGAAUGUAGUUUAGAACGCUGUCUUUUAGUAGAAACCCAGUACAUGUAGUGCUCUUCACUUAAUAUCCUUGUUAAUCUUGUGUCUUCCAUGUUUUGACCAGUAGACCAGUCUUCGCAUUAGAUUCAUCUAGUCAGGAUACAGCUGCAAUAUACUAGACAAGGGAUAACCUCGUGUGGUGUAAUACUAACACACGUUGACAGUUGUUUGGUUAUAUUUUUUGUUGGAGUUAAUUGUUUACAUUUUUUAGUUCUUUUUUAUUUUUUCAGUGUAGUUACAUGAACUUGAUAAUUUUGUUUUCUUAUUUUGGUUGUUGUUGUUGUUAAAGUACAUUAAGAUAAAUAUUGAGCUCAAAAUCGACAGUCAAGCAUAGGGGUCAGUGAGUGUCCUGACCACUCUCUCUCACCUCUCUGUAUUUCUCGUUUCUCUGUAGCCUUGUACUUCGCUAUAUUCAUUGUAUCUGCUAUCUCACAUUACACGCUAGGACAAACUUGUUACCACAAGAAAUGUCAAAGCAUAUUAUAUAUUUUUGCUAAUAAAUACAUAAGUAUUUUCCAA